AUGUGGUUGUUAGUUCGUGCUCCAGGUGGUACUUUUGAUGUGAGGGUGGAUGACACUGAUAAGACCAAUUUGAUGGAGUUGUUUGAGUAUAUGUUUGAGGAUUCAGUGAAACAGAACGUAUUUCUCCCUAAAUACUUCACCCUGUUUGUGAGUAAACCUAGAACAAAUCGUAAGUUAGAAUUAGUUGAUGAUGGGGCAAUGUUAAAAAUGUGGGAGUGGAAUGAAGGGAAGAGUGAAAUAGAAGUGUUUAUAGAAGAGACAGAAACACCAUCUCUUGUGUUUGAGUCUGCAGAAGCUAGUUGGGCAAAAACUUUGAAGAAUAGGGCUGAAAAUAUUAGGAUAAUGGAGGAAGAGAAUAGAAGGAAAGCAGAGGAAGCAGAAGCUGAGGAGCAGCUUUUGGCCCAGCAGGCAUAUACUGUGGCUGUAGAGGUCCCUUUUGUGGAUGCUGAUGAUGAUGGGAUUGACUAUGUAAGGGUCUUUGCUACCCGAGCAGCUGAUGAGGUUUUUCCAGGGGAUUCACAACCUCAACCCUCACAAACAAAAACAUCUCAACCAAAGAACCCUUCAAGUAGAAAAAAACUUACCCCAAAGAAGAAGAAAAAACCCCCUACACAGUCCACUCAAUGCAAACAGCCCACUCCACAAAGAAAGCCCACACCUCCACCACCAAAUGUUUCCCAACAACAUCCUUCCCCACCACAAACACCAACACACCAACCCAGGCAGCCUACACCCCCUCCACCACAACCACCACACCCAACACCAAAUGUACCAAGGCAACCAACCCCGCCUAAAGCACAAACCAGGCUUAAACCCAAAGAGUGGAGGGUGCCUAGAAGCACAGCAAAAAAAGUAUGGGCUUGA